UUCGUUGAUUGGCAUUUAGAUGCACCGUGCAUCCGUACUUAGUUGUUCGUUUUAUCAAAGCUUCCUUCCUUCAAUUUAAUUUUCAUUCAUUCAUUUUUUGACGGAUGGGAUGGAAACAAGGAAAGUGGUUUAAACAGAAGAAUUGAUAAUUUGAAUGAUCAAUCAAUGCCUCGGACAUUUUUGGUGUAGUGCUAAUUCAAAUGUGAAUGAAAAAUGAUCAGGUUUGAAUAUUUUUGUUUAGACCCAAGUCCUGGAAAUGUCAAACUGAGUGUAAUCACAGUUUUAAAAUAUAAGAACUACAAUGAGGAUUAGGCCUUCAUAAUGACUUGUUCUGCUAAAGCGAUCAUUUGUGACGAGAUUUUUGAUGAAAACAGUUUACCUUCAGAGCAAGAGGUGAGGGACUAUGCUGCAAGGAUAGGAAUCAACCCUGACACAGAGAAGCAUCUGUUACACAUUGCCCUCGAUGGUCUUAUGUCACCACUGCCUGAAGACUGGAAAGCUUGUCUUGACGAGCGAAUACAUAGAAUCUACUAUUAUAAUGUCAAAACACAGCAGACCCAGUGGGCGCACCCUCUUGAUGAGCAUUUUGAAAAACUCGUUAAAAAGAAACGACAAGAAGAAAGUAUAUCAGCAGGUGAUGAUGAUUCCAAAACGUCAAUCAAAGAAGAUUUAAAAAGCUUUGAAGAAGCAGUAACAACGUCUGAAAUGAUGCCAGCAGCUUCUAAUCUUUCUGACGGCCACAAGUCUAGACUCACCACAGCAAACCAAUUGAGCAUGCUUCAGGCUCUGAAAGAACCAUCCCCUGAUCGAAGGAAGGUUCUGAACCCUAUUGGUCGGCCACCGCUGCCCCCCAAGCGAAGGGCUGGUUCCACAUCACCCAAGCGGGGAUCUGAGCGAGGCAGUCUCAGUCUACGACUCAGUCCUGGCCCUAGCCCUACUCGGAUAGAUAUCGACUCUCUUGGUGUUCCACUGGGCCUCUCCUCUCCCUCCCCAGAACCAAAACCAGAGAAACUGUCUGGGGGUCGUACUCCUGCGAUUAAGCUAACUGGUGGUGGCUCUGCAUUUCUAAAGUCAAAGCAGAAGACGAACUUCCGUCCAUCUGAAGAGAUAAAAGUGUCCACUGAUGAGCCAUCAAUGUUUGGAAUUGUCAGAGAGGCAGAGAGUAUUGACUCCCCUGAAGAUGAAAUGAUUGACAACAAAGAUGCUGAUAAAAACAGACUAACACAUUCUGCAAGUCUUGGAGAGUCUGGAUUUGACAAGUUAAUAAAAUCUAAAAGAUUCGGCAGCCUGCAAGAAAGUUUAUUGAGUUUGAAGAAUGAAAUGGAUUUGUCUAACCAUGAAGACAAGUCCUCUAACAAGAGUGCCCCAUUGACUCUUAGAGGUAUCUUACGGGAGAAACCCUCAGUUACAGCCAAGCUUUGGGAUACUGAUCCAGCAUUGCUCACAAGUGAGGAGAAGGAAAAACUCAGAAUUCAAGAAAUGAAAGAUGAGAGAAAACAAAAUGUCAGAUUUGCUGAUAUAGUUAACAAACCCAUUAACAUCCAAUUUUCAAAGUCAGAUUCUGAAGAUGAUUCUACAACAGACUCUUCAAAUGAUCUGGAGGAUUUAAUUUUGGAACACGUAUAUUCUGAUGAUGAAGUCAAGAAAGAAAUUAAAAUUCCAGAAAAAAGAUCCCCAAAAAUGGAAAAAGCAGCUGAUUUGAAUGAAAAUCUAGAGGGAGAGCAGCCUCCUAAAGGUUUAAAGUUAAAUGAAACUUUGUCAAGUAAGAAAGAAUCAAACAAAAAUAUACUGACAAGGUUAUCAGAUUUAAAUAUGGAAUCAGAAAGAAGAGAUGUUCUUGGAGAUAAAAAGAAGAGAAUGAUCGAAGUGAGGAAUAACAAUACAGAGGAUAGUGAUGACUGGCUGACUGAUAAACAAAAUAUUAUGAAUCAAAAUGAACAAAAAAUUCAAAAGUUGAGAAACCAAAUGUUUGAUAACACAAAAAUAGGAUGGGAUUUAGAGAAUAAUGCAAUAGAUAAUAAACAUUUGACUGAAGUAGCACUAGGGAAAUCACACAAAAUGAAAGACCUUCUAAAAUCAAAUGAUCGACCAACUUCACCCUCUAAGUUUGCUGAAUUCGCAGAAAUCAUUAAAAAAGACACUUAUGUCUCAUCACCAAUUUCAAAAAGUAAUAGUGGUCCUAAAAACUCUAAACAGAUUGAUUUAAAAAAGAUACAUGUAGAAGAUUCUAAUGACAACUCAAAUUUAAAACCAACAGAAGAAUUUCGGAGAUCAAAAUUAAUGCCCGAAGUGGAUCUUCAAAAGGUAUUUAAGAGCAUGCGGGAGAGCAUUGCGAACAAUGAUGCUAGCGAGGAGGCGGAGCCAAUGGAGACGAGUCCACUGGAUGGAGACGAGAUACAGUCGGCGCUGGAGCAGAAUGAGGGAGACCUGCAGCAGCUAAGCACCGGGGUGGUCUACAGAAGUCCCACACGGGACAAGCGAAUGGCUCGCAAAUUUGAUGAGUACAAGGAGCAACAACGGAGGCAUUAUGAUGAGAAGAAAGCCACCCUUAUUUUGGAAUUCGAAGAGAGUACGCUGGAAAUGCAGAAGGAGCUACAGCGUCAAGAAUCUCUAGAGAGGCAACGACUUUACAUGGAGGUGCAAGAAAGUGUGGCUCAUUACAAGGCAGAAUUGGAGGCAGAAAAAGAAGAUAGGGAAAAACAUCUCAGAAACAAUUGUGAGGACUAUCUCAGAGAACUAGAACAAAUUCUUGACAAAGAAAAAGAUGCAAAAGUGAACAAGAUUAAGGAAGACCAUGAAACAUUUUUAAAAGAUCAAGAAAAGAAAAUCAAUGAGGAAAAGUUUCAGUUUGAAGAAGAAACUAAAAUUAGGUUAAAAACAAGUUCUUCACAGUUGGAAAAGAUUAUGAUGGAUCUAAAACAAAAGGAAGAGAAAGAAGUGCUUAGGCUGACAGAAGAGAGCAAUAAACGAAUUGAUUCUUAUAGACAGAAAAUAGAAAUGGAACAAGCAGAACAGGAAAAGAAACAUAAACAAGAAUUGGAAAUAGUAGAAGCAGAAUACAAAAGAGACUUAGCUAAGAAACAGAGUGAGCUGGAAAGAUUGAAGGAGGACCAUGAGGCAGCUUUAGCUGUGGUACGUUCUCAGCAAGAUCAGGCAAUCGCUCAGCUAACAGCACAACACUGCAAGAACUUCCAGCAGCUUCAGGAGCAGUGUCAUCAGGAGGAGGAGUUAAUGAGAAAGAGGCAUUCAGAGAAAAUGGAUGCUUUAAACGCACAACUAAGCAAGAUGUCCGAGAAAGAGGAUAUUACUCAAAUAAAUAGAGAAUUCGAGAAGGUUCGGUGUGAGAAACGUUUGCUGGAGGACAAGUACAAAUCACUCAAAGAGAAAUACAUGAGACUGAAGAACGAAGUCCGGCUGUCAAUGGAGAGGAAACGUCAGGCCAAGUUAAACAGGCAACUACAGCAGAGAGACACUGCUUCUACCACUGAGGACACAACAGAGAGAUCAACAGACCAUGGCAAGCCUCCUCUAGCCCGCAAAAAGUUACCUGCUCCGCUGUCUUCAGAUGAAGCAACAGGUGAAAAUGCUAAUGGAACACCUAAAACUAUAAAACGGCGACCAAAACACGUGUCUUCAGUGACAACAUCAUCGGUCUCUGCAACGGCCGAGUCCAGCAGCACACCUCCUGCCAAGCCAAAAAACGUAUGGAAUCCUUCCCCCCACCAGCGGAGGGAAGGAGCAUCGUUGGCUGAAGAUAACCACACUUCAGUCUCGGAGGAAAUACAGAUGGAGCAGGAUGAUUAUGGAGAGAAGUGGACACAGUCUGCUCUCAGUCCGUUGGAUAACUUGCGCAAACAGUUGGAGAAACUGGAUGAUCUGGAGGAGCAGUUUCCCACCUCGGUCCAUAUGGAUACAUACCUCAGAUAUCCUUUCUCUGGACCUGCAGGAGCAAGCUGUGAGCUGGACUUCUACAGACAUCGGCUACACCUGGAGCGUGAGUCAGUUAGGCGAGCGAAGCAAGCUUUGGCUGAACAGAGACACAACAUAGAGAGCAGACAGCUACAGUUGCGACACAAGCAGCACACUGAGACCCUUCACCAGUUGCAUCAGGAGGAGAGAGAGCUGACAGACAUGGAAGUUAGUUUACACCGCACAAGAGCUCUGCUGGGAGAGAAGAUCAUCCGCCUGAGGUAUUUAGAGCAGAGCAUUGAGAGAGCUGCUGCCUACACACCUCACCACUCCCAGGACACCACAACCAUCACUAACACAGAUUCUUCAGGCUUCAGCGGCAGUGACCUGGACCUUUCCAACACUGGUCAGUGUGUGAAUGGCAGACCUCCAGAGAUGUUUUGGACUGAAAAUGUGCUUCAGAGUUUGGAGAAUAUCAACAGUGAAAUACGAGAGAUUUGGACUAUUCUAGGCAAACAGCAAGUGCCAGGUUUAGGACCUCCGCCAGUAUUGAACUAUGAGAGGCGAGCCAUAGGCCAGGGAGGGGUGGAUUCCUAUACUUUGGCUCCUCAUCGAGCCAAUGAUAUUGCUGACCGCACUCGCAGGCUGAAGGAAUGGCUCAUCAGAGUUCGAGACCAACAGACGACAACUCACUUGAUUGCUCCAGUCAAUCUCUGAACAUCUCCCCUCUCUUCUUUGUCACUCGCUGGAGUUCUCCUACAUUGUGAUAUAGAUAAAUUUGAUCUCUUAUCCUAGAAUUAAGCUCCAAUCCCAUACAAAACCAAAGAUUAUCUUAAUUUUAGCAAUAACUUUGCUUUAACCUUCCAUACUCAUGCUACUAAAAUUAUAAGUAUACAUCCUUUAUUAGAAAAGUAGACAUGACUUUUAUUUUAUUAAAUUUAAUAGUAAGCAAAGCUUUAAUAUAAGGUGUAAAGUCUACUUCAGUUUUCAUCAAGCACUGAUUUAAAAGAAAAUCUAGUCACUUGUUUUAUUUAAAUCUUAUUAAAUACUUGACUUAGAAUAAUUUUAAGUGUGUAUCAAUGUUUUUAAGAUAAUUUAUUAGCUGUGAUAAUUUUAAAUCGAUGGCAUAAAUUUUAAUUUUUUAAUUGUUGUGUGUUUAUUAAACUAGUAUAAUAUUUUUGUAACUUGUCUUUUUAUAUUAUUUAUUAUAGUAGUAAACCUUCAAAAUCACAAUGCAAAUAAUAUUAUGUUUCAUAAAAGCAAAAAAAACAAUAAAGUUGUUAAGCGUAAUCACUUAAGUCAAUUUAAAUUAUUAUUGAUUAUUUAUCCGAGUUCUGUUUAUUAACAGUUAUGUUAAAAUAUAUAUUUUUAAAAUGUUCCUAGAUAUAUUCUGACCAAAGAUCUGUUCAUUCUGCAAGAUUAUUGUUUUUGUUUUAAAACAUUUUAACAAUAUUUUUUAUUAUUUUAAGGUAAAGAUGUGUUGCACCUUUACAAUUAUUUCAAAGGAAUUGUGAGAACUAAUACUUUUAUUUUUAACAAAUAUUUUUCUUUCCGUAAAGGUAUAAAAGGUCUAAGUUGUGUAUUUAUGUAAUAUUUUCUCCCACAUAUUUUGCAAAAGUCUCAUUGCCUUUUGUUUGUUGGUAUUUCAAAAAUGAUUUAACUGAUUGCACAAACAAAAUAUACUAACACCAAUCUCUGGUGAAUAGUAUUGUUCAUUUUACCAAUACUAACAUUAUUUAAACAUGAAUUAAAAACAAUCAUUCAGUGUUCAAAUUACUAACAUUAUUAUUUUAUAGUAUAUUUUAAAAUAAAAUCUAAAACAUUUAACAAUGCCUUUAGUGAACAUUUUAUUAUUUAAUAAUUUUUACACAUAUUAUCUAUACUAUUAAUAUCUGGACAUAAUGCAUAUACUUUUAUGAAUACUUUAUCAUAUAAUUCCUAAGUGCUGCACUGAUUUAAAGUUUUUUAAAUUUAUUUUUUACUUAUAUUUAAACUAUGUUUUGAAAAAUAGGAAAUUAAAAUAAAUUUCAUGACUUAUUAACAACAUCUUUUUGAAAACAUGAGUUGUUGAAGAAUUGAAUAGUACUAUGUUAUGUCUUUUGUAAUGGUAACUUAUUUGAUCCAACUUAACUAGUUUAUUAAUAUUUAAGUGAGUUUAUUUCUAUACUUAGUUUUUCAGUUUACAAUCUAGAAUAAUUAUUGACAAGGUGAUAAAGUUAUAAGUCUGUCAAGAUGGUGCUAGAUAUCUUAGUAGUUAAAACGUCACAAUUGAUAUAGUUUAGCGUUUUAGAUAAAUUUUGAAUUAAAUUUAGUGGUAUAUAUGUUUUUAAUAUAAUUUAGCAACUAUUAAUUUUAUUUUUAUAGCUGUUGCAGCUAUUACAGUAUUCAACAUAGCAAACUAUCAAUUGUUUAUAUUCAUUCAGUAUUAGCCAAACACUUAAAAAAUUGUAAAUGAAACUUUUCUUUAAUCCCUCAAUGAAAUAAAACAAAGAAAACCAAAAGGAGAUAGCACUCUUUGCUUAUGAACAUUUAUUGACAUUUAGUUUACAUCUUUCCUGGAUCAGUGAAAGUUGCUAUAGUAUUACCGAAAAGAGGAAGAGUACCCUUCUAAUAAUACUGUAAUAGUGUGUCAAAGAUCUCUGGCAAUUUAAUGAGUCCCUAAGUAUAAUAUUUUAACUGAAUUUAUUUGGGUUAUUUGGGAAAGUUCCACUAGUAUUUCCAAUUGCUUCAUCAUAUUUAGUUUCUUUCCCAAAAGGAUUUUCUAUAAAAUAUGUGUAACCCACCUAGAAGCUCCAUUUGUGCUGAGAUACUUCAAGUUUAAGAUGAAAUCUAUCAUCUCUUACAGUCAAACUUAAGAUGUUGUUUUCUGUAUUCCUUUCUGGAUUCCAGCCAGUCACAUAAAAGUAACUCAUUGGAAAAAUGAAUAUUUCACUCUGUAGCAAAUGCAUCUGACUGUGAGAGCCAAUUGGAACAGGUUUUUUGUUCUGAGACGUAUUAAAACUAUUUUUUCUGUGAUAGUAAACUUGAGUAACUUUUUAGAUUGAUCUUACUUUAAUUGGACGAGAUAGAGGACACUUAACUAAUGUUUAUGUUGAAAAUUAUUAUGCUCUAUCAGUAUUUUGGCAUUACAAAUACUUAACUAAUUCUGUGUCCAUUCAGUGUGAGAAUUUUAGUUUUCAAAAUUUCAAAAUUAAAACAAAAAUUUAUAGGUAAAAAAUUUUAAUCGUUUCAACAAUUUUGCCGUAGUUAUUUCUUUGAAAUAUUUUAUUAAAACUCUGUUACAUCUCCACAUAGUUAAAGAGUCCAAUAUUUUGUUAAGAACUAGUGAAUAUAACAUAAUUAUCUCUCAUUUCGUACCCACCACCUUGGUGUAUAGAAAAGCCAUUCUAAAUGCAGUAAUUACUAUCACAUGUCUCCCUCCAUUAUAUUUGCUGUUAUAACGUUGGUAUGUAUGGUAUUAAUUAUAAAACCAUCGUUGAACAAUAAUUUUUAGUAUUUUUAAUUUACUAAACGUAAUGUUCAGUUUUAAAGGACCGUGUUAUGUUUAUAUAUUAGUAGUAAAACUUUACGUUAUAUUUUUUUAUAUGAUUAUCAAUGAUUUUCCAUUGUCGCUGAAAAAUGUACUUCCAAUAUUUUCAGUUUCAACUAGGCCUAAUGUGUUUAUAUUACUUUAGUCAAAUAUCAGUUGAAAAUUUCCGUCUAAACAGAUACGUAAUUUAAAAAAUGAAUGUUGUCUUCCUGUCACUUGCACAUUUCCAUAGAUUGUGUUUAACACGAUUUAAGUAGAUAUUAAAAUGUUGUAUAGUCAGAUAUUGUAUUUUUCUUGAAGGUUAGUUACUCAGCUCCACAAAAUCUCGGAUUAUAAAUAUCUUUACUGUACUUUAUUAUCAUAUUUUUAUGUAAAAUCUAAAAUAAAUGUGUUGUGUUACGAGUGUAAUUAAUGUAAGAGUAAAAUGUUGUAAAGCAAGUAAAAUCUUGCAAUAGUUAAUAUAACAUUCAACAGAUGUUAUUUAUGUAAUACAUUAUUGAACUUUGCAUAAUUAUGCAGGGUCAUUGCAAAAGUUGUUAAUGUAUACUAAAUUGUACAAGCAAUAAACAAUCAAUCUCUUGAUGUUUUAUAACAAUUGUAUAAGUUUUAAUAUUAACUCACUGGUGUCGUCAUUACGUGAUAUUACUUUUUCCCUACCUAAUUAUAAAUUUUUAUGAUCCUAUUUCUGCACCAAAAUGUUAAAAACAUUAUUCUGUUAUCUUUAGAAAUUAGUGUUGCUCUGGAAGUUUUAAGAUACUUGCAGACAGUGCAUACUGCAAUCUCUGAUCAUCAUUCUUACCUGAUUGUCUGAGAGCCAGUCAGUACCUGACAGCAACUUGGGUUCAUCAGUGUACUUGUAUCGUUUGUCCAGAAAUAUCAAUUUCAUUAUCAUGUAGUUAUCAAAAUAGCAUCUUCAAGUUAUGAAAUUUUAAUGGUUUUAAUAAAGAUGGUUUAAGAGAAGUGCAUUGUACAUCUCAAAAAUGUCUAUGGCUUUGAAGAACCAUUUCGUGUCAUUGGUCUUUAGGUGGUAUUUAGAAUUUUUGAGGAGCUGUAAUUCACUUCAAGAUUACAAAUGUUCUAGGACGCAUUUCGCUGUCACUAAAAAAAAAAAAAUAAUAAAGCUUCCUUAAGGAUUGGAUACGCAGCAGGGCAAAUAAUCUUGCAAGACUUUUAAAAAGGCAGGAAAAUCGAACCUUAUAAUUUGAUAGAUGAGCAAAAAGCUGAACAUGUGGAGUCAAUCGUCAAUCAGCAGACCCUCCAACUGCCUAAUAAUGGUGGUCAUCGGAUUAUUUUGAAAAUUGUCACUGGUUCUACUAUUUUAUGACGUUCAACCCGAGGAGAGAAUUCCAUAUGGAGUGAAGACCCCACAAUGGGCAAGAAAUAAUGAUCACUGAAGAAAGUAAUGUACACUGGUUUUUUUUCAGAAAUAUGGGAUUAGUGAAGGCUAUUAAGCUAGAGGGUUAAAAGUCUGUUACAGCUAGUUGAUACACUGAACAUAAAGGGUUUAAUUUUGUACCACAACAAUGCCUCUUCUCACACUGGUGCAAAAACUUUAUUUCACUGAAAAUAUCAUUGAAAUGAAGUAGCAUCUCGCCCUUAUUCACCUGAUUUUGCUCUGUGCGACUUCUAGUUAUGUUUAAUUCUGAAGAAACAUUUGCAUGAUCAUCGCUUUUCUUCGGAAGCUAAAAUUGAUGAUUAAAUUUGUGAUAUUUCUACUCCAUUCCAAAAACAAGAGUGACUGGGUGCUUUCAACGAGUGAAAAAUCAGUCUUCAGAAGUAGUAUAUUGAAGCUAGAGGGGAUUACUUACUCUCAACACGCCUAAUGUUUAGUAAAUCGAGCACAAAAACUACAUAUAUCUUAAAACUUUCAUAGGAAUCCUCUUAUCUAGUAUAUAAAAAUAAUUCUGAUUACUUAUAAUAGUUUUAGGUAUUUUUUAUUUAAGUUACUUUUAAGGGUAUGUCAAAUUAUUAUUAUUGUCAGUUAUUAUCAAAUCUAUGAAAAUUUAAAAAUGUAAAUCGAUAAGAAAAAGUGAUCAUUUAUAACAAUUAUAAUUUGAUAGUUUUAGAUUAUUCAAUUAAUGAUUCAUUGUAACUAAUGUGAGUUCCAACAAAUAAAGAAAUACACUUUUAAUUGUGUACACACAAUUAAAAAUA